AUGGGAUCCCGUCGUGGUCGACUUAAUUGGUCAAAUUUAGAAGUACGUAUUUCGGAUGAUGUUAUCGAUAAACAACAUCGUUUUACUGCUCCAAUUUCAUCUUCAUCAAUAUCAACAUUGACAGAAGAUAUUGUUGAAUAUGAAAAAGAGCCAAGUCCAAUAUCAACACCAAUUAAACGAUCAUGGAAACCAAAGUCAGGUGUUGGUGAAAUACACGCUGAACAAUUUGUUAGUAAUUUUAUGUUGACAAAUGCUGAACAAACUGCUAUUGAUCAAAGAUAUAAGAAACAAAUAAAUAAUGUCAAAAGUUCGAAAAUUUCUCCUACAUCAAAACCAAUAAGAAUAUCUAAUAGAUUACCUUCGGUAAGAGAUACAGUAUUAUCUCCACGUACAAUAAAUUUAUUUGUUGGUCAACAUCUAUCAAAUGUUUUUGUUUGUCAUGUUGAAUCAUAUUCACAUGUCUAUAUUAUGUUUGGUGAUGAUUAUAAUCGUGCAACGAAAUUAUUUCAAGAUAUGAAUACUUGUAAUGAACUUAUUCAACCAUCAACUAAUAUUUUUGAACCUAAAGAACAAGAUUUAGUUGCUAUAUAUCAUGAAAAAAAAUGGUUUCGUGGUCGAUGUUUAAAUUCAGUUGGUACAAAUUUUAAUAUCUUAUGUAUUGAUUCAGGUGUAAUUAUUUUAUGUUCACCAAAUAAUCUUCGUCGUUUACCAGAGAUAUUUCGAACAUCUCCACCAUGUUGUAUUGAAUGUUCACUUUCUGGUUUGCCAACAACAAUAGUAAUGAAUUCAAUGCCUGAUGCAAUUCAUACUGAAUGUUUUGAACUUUUAUAUAAAGAUCGUUAUGAAGCAAUUGUAACAAAAUUAGAAUCACCAAAUCAUCCAACUAUUGUAUUGUAUUAUGGUGAUGAAAAUAGAGAGAAUAGCGACACUAAACGUUAUCGAUUUUCACUUUUUGAACAUCCUAAAAUGCAACAACUUGGUCCAUUACUUAAUCCUGAAAUUAUGUCAUCAUAUUCUCAAAGUUUAACAAAUUUUCAAGUAUUUGCUAUUGCAAUAAUUGUUAUUGGUAGUGCUUUAUUAACAAUUGGAUUUCUUGGUUGUUGUGGAGCAGUAAAAGGUUUUCGAUUUUUACAUGUUAUCUAUGCAACUGUUAUUUGUCUAAUAAUUAUUGCUGAAAUAACAGUUGUUGUCGUUGUUAUUGUCUAUCAAGGUCAAUUUCGAGAAGAACUUGUUCCUAGACUUCAGAAUUCAAUUGUUACAUUUUAUGCUGGCACACCACCUUAUAACUCAACAUCAGCUAAUUCAGUUUCACUUUCAUGGGAUUUUGCUCAAUUUAAUUUACAAUGCUGUGGUGCUGCUAGUAUAAAUGAUUUUUCAAAUACUACAAAUUGGGAUAGAAGAAAUCCAUAUAACGAAUCUACACUCUUAGCUGUUCCUUUUACAUGUUGUCCAUUAGGUGCAGCUAAAAGUUGGACUCAAUUACCAACAGAUUUAACUCCAGCAACUACAUGUGCAACAACAGGUAUAGGUGCUUAUUCACAAGGAUGUUAUGAUCGUUUGGUUGAUAUAUUACUUACAUAUAAGAAGAAUGUUAUUAUUGGCUGUGUUAUUGUUGGUGUUAUUGAAAUACUUGCUGUUAUUUUUGCAAUUGUUCUCUAUCGUCGUAAAGAAGAUUAUGCUAGUUUAUAA